UGGCUACGACGUUAGAGUUCAGAAGUCUUUUGUCCAGAUAGCCGUUAGAAGCGUCAGCCUGGGGCUUCAUUCCAAUGUUAAUCUCCUCCUCGCCGCUCCCGUUCUUUCCAAUAUUUACUGUUUUUUCUUAUCCUACAGACCUGAAUAAGGAAUCUUCUCCACGGCGUCUUCCACUGGGUCGAGCUUACCCGCCGGCCAGGCAAUUAGAUUUAGAAUGACGACUAUUUUAUGAAAGAAAAAUCUCUUCUUGACCAUAAAUAUCUUACUCACUUUGAGCCCUUCGUAGCUCGGCUACACAAGCCCUGAAUUCCCCUGAGCUCCGACGAUUCUGAUGCGAAUAUAAGUAGCUGUUCACGCUUGCUUCAAUUCAAGCCUCUGUUGCAAGAUGCCUAAGUCAAAUUUUACUGUUUUCAUGGCUUUCUUGGCCGUGUCAUUUUGCUACUUUCUGUGGGCUGCUGUGGCACAAGUUACUGACCCAAUGGAAGCCACCGAAGAAAAGACGGGAAGAAUGCAUCGAUUAGUCAGUGCACUAAAGACUAUCAGGAACAGUUUGAAUGAUCCAAUCGGUAAUCUUAAUUCUUGGAACAAUGGGGAUCCAUGCACAUCAAAUUGGAGUGGCAUAUUUUGCUAUCUCACUGCAAAUGAUGGGUACCUACAUGUGCAGCAAUUGCAUCUUUUGAAGCAAAACCUCUCGGGAACUUUGGUGCCAGAGCUUGGUCUUCUAUCUCAUCUUCAGAUACUGGAUUUUAUGCGGAACAAGAUCAAUGGAACCAUUCCAAAGGAGAUCGGCAAUAUUACAUCCCUUAAACUUCUACUUUUAAGUGGUAAUGAGCUAUCUGGUACGUUACCUGAGGAGAUUGGCUAUCUUGUCAACUUAAAUAGGCUGCAAAUUGACGAGAACCAGAUAUCAGGGCUAAUACCAAAAUCAUUUGCUAAUCUGAACAGUGUAAAGCAUCUCCACAUGAAUAAUAACUCAUUAAGUGGACAAAUUCCAUCAGAAUUAUCUAGACUGCCCCGUCUCCUUCACCUCCUCGUUGAUAACAAUAACUUGUCUGGGUACCUUCCUCCAGAAUUUUCCAUGUUGCCGCAUUUGAAAAUCCUUCAACUUGACAAUAACAACUUCAACGGCAGCACAAUUCCAGCUUCUUAUGGUAACAUGAAUACACUUCUAAAAUUGAGUCUUAGAAACUGCAGCUUGCAAGGAUUUAUCCCUGAUUUGAGUGGAGCUCCUGAACUUUCCUAUCUUGAUCUUAGCUGGAAUAAUUUGGCGGGAUCAAUUCCUUCCAAAAGGCUCUCAGAAAAUGUUACUACCAUUAAACUAGGAAGGAACAAACUUCAAGGGUCCAUCCCUUCAAAUUUAUCUGGUCUACCACUUCUCCAGUUAUUAUCACUCAGCAACAAUAGAUUGAGUGGAUCAGUUCCGUCUUCUAUCUGGCAGAAUAUGACUUCUACUGGAAAUAAAAGUCGCAUUUUUGACUUCCAGAAUAACUUGCUGACAAGUAUCACAAAAUCUUCCGAUUCCCCUACAAAUUUUACCAUCUUGUUAUACGGGAACCCUUUAUGUGCAAAUCCAGUGCAAGCCAAUUUGGUGAACUGCCAGCCUCAGGAUAUUAACCCAACAUCAGGAAACACUACAAGCUCUAGAAUAACCUGUCUAUCUUGCACCACAGACUCGGAUUAUGAGUUCAAUCCAUUAUCUCCAAUACCAUGCGUUUGUGCCAUACCACUUAAAGUUGGGUUUCGGUUAAAAAGUCCAGGAAUUUCAGAUUUCCAUCCCUAUAUUGAAGAUUUUAGGAUUGAUUUGUCUUCGCUUUUGUAUUUAAAUCCUUAUCAAGUAUAUUUUGGCUUAUAUAACUGGGAAGAGGGUCCUAGGCUGAAUAUGUAUCUAAAUCUAUUCCCUGACAAAACUAGUCUGUUCAAUGCAAGUGAAGUGAUACGCAUCAGAAGAAUGCUGACUGGAUGGGAGAUUACACUUUCAGAUGUUUUUGGGCCUUAUGAGCUACUCAACUUCACACUGGGAUCUUAUGCCAAUAUGUUUCCUACGUCUGUGAAAUCAAGUUUGAGCAAGGUUGCUUUAGCGGGAAUUGUACUAGGAUCAAGUGUUGCUGGAGCUAUUAUUGCUGCAACUAUUGUAAUUUUUGUCAUGCAAAAGCGCUCCAGACAUCAGGUGGAUUCUAAAAGGAGAGCAUCAUCAAGAACUACCAUUAAAUUUUAUGAUGUCAAAGGCUUUCUGCUUGAAGAAAUGGAACGUGCAACAGACACUUUUAGCAACUCUAGUUUAGUUGGGCAUGGUGGAUAUGGUAAGGUAUACAAGGGAAUUCUAGCAGAUGGCACAGUUGUUGCCAUAAAACGAGCACAAGAAGGAUCAUUGCAAGGUUCAAAUGAGUUUGCAACAGAAAUAGAGUUGCUAUCAAGAUUACAUCAUCGAAACCUUGUUUCUUUGGUGGGAUAUUGUGAUGAAGAAGAUGAACAGAUGCUGAUCUAUGAGUUCAUGUCAAAUGGCAAUCUGCAUGAUCUCCUUUCACGUGAAUCUAAGGAGCCUUUAAGUUUUAUGAUGAGGUUACGCAUAGCCUUGGAAACUGCUAGGGGUAUUCUUUAUCUACAUACUGAAGCAGAUCCUCCGAUAUUCCACCGUGACAUAAAAGCAAGCAACAUACUUUUGGACUCCAGGUAUACUGCCAAAGUUUCUGAUUUUGGAAUCUCACGUCUUGCUCCAGUAUCAAAUGUCGAAGGGGUUUCACCUGAUUAUGUGUCAACUGUGGUUAAGGGCACUCCGGUAAGCAUUUGAGUUUUGCUUUGCAAA